CAAACUUAUUCUCGUCUCAUCCAAGUGGCUCCGAGUCCACUGAGGCAAAGAGGGGAAGCGGGGAAGGAGAGCAGCAGUGUGACAGCCAGCAUCAGUCACAUUGGAGCAGCCCGAGUGAGCAGAGGAGGUGGGAGAUGAUUGGCAGCCCCUCUGCUGCUGAACUCUUCCUGAUGAUCUCUGAUUGAUUCUCUCUGUUCUCUACGACUCCUCAGCAACAUGAACUCCUCAUCAGCCAACCUUCACAGCAAAUGCCUGCCCUCGGAGACCGAGCGUAGCCAGAGGCUCCCAGAUGUGGACGUGGCACAGCAGUUAAAGUUGAGAGAGAGACAACGUUUCUUUGAGGAGGUCUUCCAGCAUGAUGUGGAUGUCUACCUGUCCUCGGCACAUCUUUGUAUCCGAGACUAUAAGAGACCUCCAAUAGGCAGCGUCUCGUCCAUGGAGGUGAAUGUGGACUUGCUGGAGCAGAUGGAUCGGAUUGACAUCUCUGACCAGGAGGCCUUGGAUGUCUUCUACAGCUCUGGGGGAGAAGAGGGGGUGCUGACCUCCCCACUGCCAGUGCACGAAAACAAUAACAACGAUGAAGUCAUCAGCAACGGACUCUUUCGACAUGUCCUUGAGGGUCUUGAUGCCAAAUCCCGCAUGUCCUCCACAUCUUCAAACUCCUCCUCUGACAGCCAAACCACCAACGCCAACGGAAGAGACACCCCCGUAGUCAGGUCAGACGAUGAGGAAACACACACCAGCACAGUCAAGAGAAGAGCCAUGCCUCCAGAGACAGAGAUGGUGAAAAGUCAGACUCCAUCAUCGUCUUCGUAGAACACCCCCACUCCACAAUAGAUCCCCGUAGGGGGUGAAAAGUGAACUGCCAGCUACUGAAAGAGGCCUCUCACCUGCAACUGUCUACCAUGCACUAGCUCUUGUCACUGAUUUGAACGUUUGCAUUUGGGUUGGGUUCUCUGUGUGUCUUGAAGGUGCAGACCAUGAACUGUAAACAGAGAUUUCCUAUGUAUUUGCAUCGGUUUCCAUUCAUGUUUUGGUAUGUUCUAAAAAAGAGAUGUGUUCCCAUUUCUCCCUACAUCUGAACCGUUGAAAAAUGAAUUUUGUACAGUAUUAACCUACGGACAGUAACGCGGGAAUGAUAAUGUGACGAUUUGAUGUCAAUUUGACAAUAGAAGGCUUCAUACUAUUAAUUGUCCUAUUUUUGAAAACGCAAAUUGCUUUUCUAGUUGCAAUUUUAAAUGAAUCUCUAACAAGAUUUCUUUGUUUUAACAAUAAAGGAAGAGAGGAAAAAAAAAAAAAGUCAUGUUUCUAAGAGUCAACAAAAGAUUACCUGGUUAUUUUAUUUAAAAGAAUGUGAAGUGCUUAUCUGCCUCCAUGGAGGCUAAAUGACGCUACAACCACAACCUGUUGGGCAGCAAUUUCAAUGUGCUGACAUGAAAUGUAUGUUGAAGCACAAGAAUCAAAUAUAGAGAAAGUGAAAAGA